AUGAACAGCCAACCCAAGAUAGAGCUUCUCCAAGCAGAAGCCGAUGAAGAUGACGACAGCUUCUUGCGUGUCCUAGUCGACAGCCAGAGUAUCAAAUAUCUCACCGUUGAACCAGGCUUAUAUCCUACCGAAGAUCUAUGUUUCGGUCCAAUGCUGCACUCCAUUCUCCCCCAAUUCCCCUCCGGAGACUGGAACGAUGGAUUAAUAUCCAGAGACCAAAGCACCGACCAAGCGCACUUUGCGCGUGUCCAGCGGACUUCGUUCCCCAGCGUCAAGUAUCAAUGGCACAAAACAUCCGUGGAUUAUUUAGAUCUUACAUUCGGAAAGAAGCUGCGAACAGGGAUAUAUGAGGUUAGCCAUACGCGAUAUUUCGACAAUAAGGUUAUUAUUGCCAAAUUCGCCCGCUUUGAAUGGGAAAUUGGAUAUAUGGAAAAUGAAACGAGGGCAUUUGAAUGGAUUGAUGGGAGUGGUAUUGGACCACAGUUUUUGGGGUAUUUGACUGAGAAUAGUAAUGGUGGGCGGGUGAUUGGGUUCCUAAUGGAGCGGGUUACGAAUGCAAGGCAUGCUGGGCCAGAGGAUUUCGCUGUUUGUCAGGAGACGCUGCGGCGGUUACAUGGGCUAGGCAUUCGGCAUGGGGAUACGAAUCGGUUCAAUUUUCUUGUUGUGGGUGACGGCUUGAGGGCGGUUUUGAUUGACUUUGAUACAGCGAGGAAAUGUGAUGACCAGGUUGACUUACGGGAAGAGUUUGAGGGUUUAUCGGUGAGUUUCGAGGAUGAGUCGAUGAGGGGAGGUGGUGGGAUUCUUUGCUAG